CAUUAUUAUAUUUUUUACUCCAGACCUUGUAAACAACUAGAUCUAGAUCUACAACUUUUAAAGUUACAUCAUAUAAUCCAAAUUAUUAAUGAAGAUUAACUGACACCAUGAACCCACCAAACAUCUGUACUCAGAUCGUCAAGUGUCUGGAGAAUGUGUGGAAUGACAAAAUGUUCUUUGACUUUCGUGUCAAGAUCACCGACGUAACAAUCGAAUGUCAUCGAGUCAUCCUAGCGGGCUGUUCGGAUUUUUUUCGCGGACUUUUCCGUUCUGGUAUGAGGGAAGUCACAGAGAACUGUGUUGUUCUACAAGAUGUCUCCUGCGACGUUUUUCAGUUAAUUUUAAAAACAAUAUACACAGGUGAAAAUAUUUUAAAUUCAGAAAAUCUUUUUGAAGUAUGGCGAGCGGUUCAUCAGCUGCAGAUUACAUUCAUGGUCAAUCUGUGUGAAAACUUUGCAAUUGAAUUAAUAGCAAUGGAUACUUGGGAGAAAAUUUACACUAAUGCAAGUAUUUUGGGUUCAGAAAGAGUUCUAAACAAGAUGUUUACAUUCAUGUUGAAUAAUUUUGACCAAAUUAGUCUGUCGUUAACAUUCCUUCAACUGUCUUACACUGAAGUUCGUAAUUUGGUCAAAAACCAAGCACUUGUUGUUAGAAGUGAGGAUGUAGUUUUUGAUGCUGUAAUCAAGUGGGUAGACCACGCACGUAUCGAUGGCACUAAUCAAUACGUGGAUUUAUCUAUUGAGUCUAAAACUACGAUUGACAAUUCCAACUUGAUAAGUGAAAUUGAUACGUACCAGAGCGAAAUUAACGAAAAUGCCCAAAAUCUAAAUCAAGAAACCUACAAUGGAUUAGACUCUGACGUUGAGAUACUCAACAAUGAUGAAAGUUCAUCCAAUGAUGUUGCAGUAAAGAAGAAUAAUUCUAGAAAAGAUAAACUUACGUCAUUGCUGAAGUUGGUAAGGACAUGUCUGGUGAAUCCUACCUUCUUAUCCCGUGCUUUGAAAUCGAAAUUAUUCUCAGAAAACUUUGCCUCUAGAAACAUCAUUGUUGACGCUUUGUCAUACCAUGUACAAGAUUUCAGGCAUGGUCAGUGGUCAUCUGGCGCCGUACACAGAUCUUGCAGCGAGUUCGCACAAGGUGGAUUUGGAGCCAAAAGACACGGAGAGUUUGUAUUUUUAAAUGCACUCGAUAAAAAACGGUUCCAUAUUUCCAAGUGUGAUUUUUUACAAGAGGAUAUCCAGGUCGUGACCUUUGAAAACGAACUUUAUGCAACAGGGAAAAAACGUCACCAACCAAAUGGACUCAGUAAAAUGUUUGUCUUUUGUGACAACAGCUGGGAGGAAGUUAUCAAAAUGCCCAGUAGUAAUGUUUUAUUAGUUUCACAUGGGCAGUCUAUUUACGUAUUAAACAAAGCAGAUAAAAUGAUAUACAACAUCAGCCCAAGAAAAAAGAAAGUGAAUUUACAAAAGUUUACCGACUUUCCGGCAAAUGUGGAUGUUAAAUAUGCAACGAUUUUUGAAAACUCUCUUUUAGUUUUUUACCCUGAAAAUCAAAACGGUGUAGCCGAAACAGCCGUUCAUAAAAUUGAUAUUUUUUCAAAAACAUGGACUAAAUUAGACAAUCUUGAUGGACCAGCAGAACACUUGAUUACUUUCAGGAACGACAAACACACCUAUAUUUUACAGGCUAACGGUAGUUUGUGGUUCAUUAACAAAACGUCUUUUUUCUCAAAAAUGGAAGUAAAAUUUCUUUUUAAACUAUGGAACUACCAAAAGAAAUUGUACGGAGCCAUCAACUACGAUGAUAAACUGAUAGUUCUUGGCAGCCGACCCAGUGAAGAUACGCCAAAUAAAAAGAAAACACACACAGUCCCUGGGUAUUUAAAUUCAAUUAGGUACUGGGAGACUGAAAGUAACUAUUCUAAUUUUAUACCAGUUACUCUUCCAAAGAAGUUUUUACUUCAAAAAAUGUAAUACAUUGGUCAAAAUAAGAGAAAAGGUGUUUGUUUAAAGAUUUUAAUUAGCCCAAAUCUAAUACUGUAACUGCAAAUUGCUCAGUGUAAAAAUGGCAUUUAUUUAUUUUAUCAGCUACUGACAUGUAUUUCACAAUAUUACAAUUGUCUAAACUCGAGCAGGUGAGAUUACCAACAAAUGGUUAAAAACAUCACUAUACAUGUAUCUAACUGUCGAAUUACAGGAAUAAGCUAUGGCAGUAACAGAUCAUCGCUUCAUCAAAACACACAAUACUUAGAUUUUUCUUGAUGGUUAAUUUUUAAUUUGAAUAUCUUGUUUAAAAUUGUUUUUGUUGACGUAAAACAUAUCGGGUUGUUUUGGAUGAUUUAUAUUUACAUUUGUUAUAUUUAUAUAAGUCUACUUACAAUAAUCUUUUAAAAUUCGAUACAAACAUAUGUUAUACACGUUAGUACACCAUGUGUGUAAGAACUUGAAUCAUUUUAUUAUUUAAUCACUGAAAUGAAGAUCUCAAUUCGAUAGGUAUUGAUUAUAAAAGAUAUAGUGUCAUUUGAUAAAAGUAAAACUUUAAAUUUGAUUAAAUCUUAUGUGCAGUAAGUUAUCAAGUUAAUCUGUAAGUAAUGUUAAGCAAAA